AUGGGUGACCCUACCGCAGAUUCUAAUGCAUUGAAUCUAGCAGUGGACCAAAAGGAUGAUAUAGAAGGAAGAAACCUCAAGCCGCAAAGUGGCAUCAAAGAGCAAUACGUCGUCUCGCAAGAUCAUAUUCACAAGAAACGCCCGCUGCGCAUGAUCUGCAUCGGCGCUGGCAUCGCAGGGAUCGCGGCCGCAUACAAGUACCAGCGACGGCUCAGCGAUGUCUCGUUCAGCAUCUACGAAAAGAACCACGACGUCGGCGGUACGUGGCUGGAGAAUCGAUAUCCCGGAUGUGCGUGCGACAUUCCUGCACAUGGGUACACGUAUUCUUGGGAGGGAAAUCCCGAGUGGUCACGAUUCUACGUGGAAGCCCCCGAAAUCCACGCUUAUUUCAAAGGAUGUGCCGUCAAAUGGGACUGCAUGAAGUACAUCAAACUAGGACACCGGGUCAUUCGAGUCGAGUGGUCAUCCACCGAUUCCGUGUGGGAGGUGACUGUAGAGGUUCUCGCAACCGGGGCUAUAAUUCACGAUCGCUGUGAGGUUCUGCUCAGUGCCACUGGAGUUCUGAACAACUGGAAGUGGCCUGCGAUAGACGGCCUCAACAAUUUCAAAGGCAAACUGCUCCAUUCAGCCCGGUGGGAUGAUUCGUAUGAUUUCACAGACAAAACUGUGGCAGUCAUCGGUGCCGGCUCUUCUGCUAUUCAAAUAGUGCCGAAUCUUACUCCCAAGGCCCGCAAGAUGAUCAAUUUCAUUCGCUCCCCGACCUGGAUAACACCCGAGUUUAGCCAGUCCCUGGCUACGGAAGGCCGGGACACGAAAUUCGCUGCGGAGGAAAUCGAGCGGUUUAAAACUGACAAAAAGUACUUUCUCCAAUAUCGCAAACUGGUCCAGAACACGGGGAGUUCGAAUUUUGGGACCUUCUACAAAGGAUCACCCCGCCAGCUGGAGGCGGUCAAGAAUUUCUCCGCGAUGAUGAAGAAACGACUAAAAGACGACGAAGCGCUGGCCGCCCAAUUCAUUCCAAAAUUUCCGGUGGGAUGUCGUAGAUAUACACCUGGCAGCGGAUAUCUAGAAGCUCUCGUGGCAGAUAAUUCCCAGGUGAUCAUGAACGAAAUCGAUCACAUUGAUUCCAAGGGGCUCGUCACCAAGGAUGGAAAUCAUUAUGCCGUUGACGCCCUCAUCUGUGCCACUGGUUUCGACACCUCUUUCAGACCGGCAUUUCCAGUCAUCGGGCUGGACGGUCGGAAUCUCGCAGAAUACUGGGGAGAAGAGCCUCUACAUUACCUGUCAAUUGCAGUCCCCGGAUUUCCCAACUAUUUUAUUAUCGGAGGUCCCAAUAGCCCGAUUGCAAAUGGCUCAUUGAUCUCUGGGCUCGAGGUCGAGAUCGACUACGCUUACAGCUGUGUUGAAAAGAUGCAGACCGAGGACGUCGCCUCAUUGGAAGUUAAGGAAGAAGCCAUGCAAGACUUCAUAGAGCACCGGAACGAGGCCAUGAAGGCGUUCGUCUGGAGUGGCGAGUGUCGGAGCUGGUACAAGAAUGGAAAAUUGGACGGCCCGGUCAUAGGGCCGUGGCCUGGCUCGUCCUGGCACUUCAACGAGGCACUAGCGACGCCCCGGUUUGAGGACUACAAUUUGCGUUACGUGCGGCGCAACCGGUUUGCAUAUUUGGGAUAUGGCCGAACGCGGCGAGAAGAGCUGGGAGAAAGCACCGCGGAGCAUUUGACGGAGGAAGGAAUCGUUGGUACAUAA